AGGAUUAACAGUUCUGUUGCGGCUCUCUGCAGGAUCAGCCGGACUGGUGCUUUCAGCUCGGCGAGACAAGAACCGGACCAGAUUUAUUUCCUGGGACACUAUUCUAUUCUAUUCUAUUCUAUUCUAUUCUAUUCUAUUCUAUUCUAUUCUAUUCUAUUCUAUUCUAUUCUACUGUCACCUGCAGAGAAGACGCGCAGAGUUCUCAGUGAGGCGAUCAGAGACAGAGUGAAACAUGGAGGCAGAGGGAGUGAAAAUCUCCAAAUCCCUUCACUGACAAAUAUUUAACGAUCUGCAGCAAAGUAAAAAAAAAACUCCUGGAUUUUAAAUUUUUUUUAAAGGAGCGAUUAACAACCGCCAAUCCCACCGGAGACGGAAAGAAUCGGAAUAAUCUGACUUGUUAUCUCUUCACCUGGGAUGUUGUCUGUCAUCUGCUGGAAUUUGUCCUGUUCCACCUGCGCAAAGUGUCAGGGAUAAGGAGGGGGGGAAGAAGACUCGAGGAAAAGAAAAAAAAAAGAGAAAAAGGCGAGGGGUGUAAAACAAAAAGGAGGGGACAGCAGGGGGUGCGGGGGGRAAAAAAUCACUCCAGUUGUUCUCCCGGAUGGUGUUUCGCUCGCCCCGCGGAUGGAGGGAUGAAUCCGGGAGAGAAAGAGACGGGGGAGAGUAAGAAAGAGAGAAGAGGAAGAAGAGGAGGAGGAGGAGGAUGUAGUCGCUGGGCGCUGUGAGAAUGCAAAAACGGGCGCACCCCUGAUGAAAGAAAGGAUUGAACUCUAAAUCCAAACGGAAUUUACGGCCACGCGAAGGAUUUUACCUGAAACACCUCACAUACAUGGGAGCUAUUCUCUUAUCUGGAACCUUUCUGUGUGGAGUUACAACUGGAAGCAUCACUAUCAAGAUAACGAUGGGCUUUGGACAAAUAACUGCGCCCUGACACUCAGUGGAGAGGGAACACAUCUGAGUGAGGGGAAAUAAAAAAAAACUGCCAGAGGACUUUUGAGCUGSUGCCUUGCCCAUGAUGUCAUGUCCUUAUAGUAACACGUGAACCUGGAGACGCUCGGUGUGUAAUAUGUUCUUGCAGCUUUGAAGGUGUUGUGUCCAGGUGAGAAUGGUUACCAUGGAGAGGCUGUUGCUGUGCGUGAUGCUGGCAGUUGCCAUGGCGGUGCGGGCACAGAUCUGCCCGAAGCGCUGCGUCUGUCAGAUUCUGUCACCCAACUUGGCAACCCUCUGUGCAAAGAAAGGUCUAUUGUUUGUACCUCCGAAUAUUGACCGACACACAGUGGAGCUACGGCUGGCUGACAACUUUGUCACAAGUGUWAAAAGAAAAGAUUUUGCAAACAUGACACGACUGGUGGACCUGACGUUAUCCAGAAACACCAUUUCUUACAUCACACCUUAUGCCUUUUCUGACCUGGAAAAUCUCAGAGCGCUGCACCUCAACAGUAAUCGCCUGACAAGAAUAGGGAACGAUACGUUCAGUGGGAUGUCGAAGCUUCACCACCUGAUCCUGAACAACAACCAGCUGGUGCUGAUCCAUCAGGGAGCGUUCAAUGACCUGCUGGCGCUGGAGGAGCUGGACCUCAGCUACAAUAACCUGGACUCCAUUCCAUGGGAGGCCAUUCAGAAAAUGACAAGCCUCCACACGUUGAGUUUAGACCACAACAUGCUGGAUUUUAUUCCAGAGGGAACCUUUUCCCUUCUACAGAAACUCAACCGGCUGGAUGUCACCUCUAAUAAACUUCAAAAGCUACCACCAGACCCACUCUUUCAACGGGCGCAGGUCUUGGCGACAUCAGGGAUCAUGAACCCCUCUUCCUUCGCGCUGUCGUUCGGUGGAAACCCUCUCCACUGUAACUGUGAGUUGCUCUGGCUGAGGAGGCUGAAUCGAGAGGACGACUUGGAGACUUGUGCCACUCCGCAGCAUCUUUCCGGUCGAUACUUCUGGUCCAUCCCUGAAGAGGAGUUCCUCUGUGAGCCUCCUCUGAUCACAAGAUACUCCCACGAGAUGAGGGUCCUCGAGGGACAGAGAGUUGCACUCAGGUGUAAGGCCAGGGGGGAUCCGGAGCCAGCUAUUCACUGGAUUUCUCCUGAAGGCAAACUGGUGUCUAACUCCUCCAGAACUGUGGUCUACAACAACGGGACUCUGGACAUCCUCAUCAGUACUGUGAAGGACACCGGCUCAUUCACCUGCAUCUCAUCCAACCCUGCCGGUGAAGCUCACCAGACUGUAGACCUAGUUAUCAUCAAACUUCCUCACAUCUCCAACAACACCAACAACAUUCAAGAACCCGACCCCGGAUCGUCAGACAUUUCUACGUCAACCCGAGGCGGUGCUAAUGGCAGCAAUGUGACAGGCGACGUGAAGGGCGGGGUUGAUAAAAGAGUGGUGACAGCCGAGGCCACGUCCUCGACCGCACUGAUCAAGUUCAACUUCCAGAGGAACAYACCAGGCAUCAGGAUGUUCCAGAUACAAUACAACGGAAGCCAGGAUGACUCGCUGGUCUACAGAAUGAUUCCCCCUUCAAGCAAGAACUUUCUGGUCAAUAACCUGGCUGCAGGAACUCAGUAUGACCUUUGCGUGCUGGCAAUCUACGAUGAUGUCAUCACCUCCCUGACGGCGACGCGAGUGGUCGGCUGUGUGCAAUUCACCACCGAGUCGGAGUACAUGAGGUGUCAUUUCAUGCAGUCUCAGUUCCUUGGCGGGACUAUGAUCAUCAUCAUCGGAGGGAUAAUAGUGGCCUCGGUGCUCGUUUUCAUCAUAAUCCUGAUGAUACGUUACAAGGUAUGYAACCAAGGGGAGGGCGGCAAAGGCGUUUCAAUGUCCAUGACUAAUGUUCAUUCUCAGACCAAUGGGCAGCAGUCACAAGGAUGCACAGUGACUCCCAGCGCCUCUAAACAUGGAUUAGUCCCACUGGACGACCUCUCAGGAGGGACAAAGAAAACGAGCGGAGGUGCAGCAGGUGGAUGUGGAGAGAAAGACACAAUAACUCAAUCAUCUGAAUGUUCCCUGCCUGACUGCUCAACUGCCACAUCGGUUCUCAGCCAAACGUGGGCGUCUAAAAGCCCACCAGCUGGAGACCGUGACAAACUUGGUGAACAAAGACCWCCGACCGGCGUCGUAUCACCCACCACCGCCACCAGUUCCCUGCACAAGCCAAAGCGGAAGCCGGCUCCCAGUAAGCCCGGCUCGGCUUGCUCCAGUACCCCGGCGAUGCCCGAGAGUCUUCCUCAAGCCUCUUCUCCUCGCCCWCCAUCUUCUACUCCCACCUCUGCCCUCCUCCCUUCUAUCACCCCUACCCCUAUGGAGAACCUCAACACUAACCGCAACAACUCAACCGCUCUCAACAAAACCCCACCUCCUCCUUUCUCCCCUUCUCCCUUCUCCAGCCCCGUUGCCUCCCCCAGCCCAGUUCCUUCCUUCCGAUUCAGGGAGACGCCCAUCCUGCACAGAGCUCUUCGCGUUGCCUCCUCCUCUGCAAAGUACCAGACUCUUCCGAUCGAGGAGGGAGGCCGGAGCAGAGCGAGGAGGAGGUACUCCUUCAGCGAAGAGGGCUCAAAGACUCUCCUGUCCCAUCAGGGAGGCGGAGCGCCCAAAUUAGGGCGGGUAAUGCGAAAUAAAAGGAGCCAAUCAAUGAGCGGGAUGUUGCUCCCUAAAGAAGAGGACGGCGACUCAGAGAAAGUGCGUUGUGACUCUGACUGGAUCCUAGAAAGCACAGUUUGAUCCGGAACAAGGCAGCACACUUAAAACAAACUUUGGUUUAUUCAUUCCUGUUCAACCUUUGUGUGAGUGUUUGCAGUGUGUUUGAAUUUGUUUAUAGGUGUGUGGGUGAAUGGAAAAGCCCGUUUUUUGAUGUUUGAAACUCUGUAUUGUUACAGUUUAGAAUGUAUGUUCACAUCUUUGAAUUUGGCUCGCAGGUGUGUGAGAAAGAAGGAGUGUGUGUUUUGAUUAAAACUGUCAGUUUUUAUUUUUCUUUGAGCUGUUUUUAUCAUUCUUUACAUCAUGUUUUUCCAAAGCUUUUUGUAUUACGUUUACAAGUUUGUUCUCUACAAUGACAAUAUCCUUCAGCAAAUGGAUAACUUGCCUUGUCUCGUAGUGUUCUUGAGUUGUCUUGGUUCCACUUUAUAGCACAAAAGAAAAAAAAACAAGACAACAGGCUUGCCACGUCAUUUCCCAAUUAACACUCACCUUGUCUGAAAAUACCACAAAAGGGAAUUAUUAAAGGGAAACAAAAGGAGUAUAAACUACAGAAAGAAGAAAAGCACAUCAUUUUUAAUAAUCACGCACUGGCUGACAGUGUGCAUUCACAGUGUGGCAAGAGAACAGCAGUUGGUGCCUUCUUUUGCACUAAAAGACCCUCACUAACAGACACUGUAACCGGAUUUCACUCCAGCUCUGCAAACAAGGACAAACGAGAUGAACUAAGGAAGAGACAGAUUUCACACAUAGCCUUUCCUACCUACAGAAGAGUUCAGACUUUUUUCUUGACAUUUAAAGACAAGAAACAACAAACAAAUGAAGACUUUAACGGACCUCUUAUGAAAUUGUUAUUUUUAAAGGGAAGAAAAAAAAACAUGAUUACCUUCUGAGCUUUUCACUGACAUUGGUAUGUUGUAGCCUKUGUUGGUCACGAGCUCACAGGAAGCUUCUGUACAGAAAAAGACAACAUGUACUGUGUUGUUAUGUUGUGUAAAAUAAAAAAGAAAUAAAAUUUAAACAUAAAA